GUAAUCUUAUCUAACAUGUUUUCACCAGCCACAACGCUUUCGGUUCUUUCGCCUCACACUGCGGUGGUCCGCAGGUCAUCUGCUUGCUUAAUUGCAUCCUCGUCCGUGGAAUUAAAUUCGUUAAACUUGGCCUCAUGCCGCACGCCGACUCUGCCCUCGUGCCAUCCGGUGUGGACAAGGCUGCCUUCUGGACCCACGUACACGAGCAGUUAUCCUACCUAUUGGACGGGCAGAGAAACUGGGUGACCAACCUAGCGAAUGCUGCCUCUCUGAUUUAUAAUUCGCUCGCUGCGUUUGAGCCCCACUUCGGAUCAGGAGAGAGAGCGGUGAACUGGUGCGGUUUCUACAUGGAGUCCAACCUCUUUCCAUCUCCACAAAUAUUUCGGGCUCAAACUGGCGCAAACAAGGAGCAUGAAGUCCCCGAUCGAUUGCUGCUCGGCCCAUUUUGCGGAAAACCCGCUUGUCAAUUCAUUGACACCGCGCCCGGCAAGGCUCGCGGAGUCUGCGCUGAUGCGUACAUCGCCGGAAAGACCGUCUUGGUGGCCGAUGUGGACGCAUAUCCUGGUCACAUUGCAUGCGACGGAGAAACGAAGAGCGAAAUUGUAUGCCCGCUCGUCCUUCGAAAAGACGGCGGCGAGGCUGCCUUGGGCGUACUUGACCUAGACUGUCUGGUGCUCGGUGGUUUCACGUCAGAAGACCAGCAAGGUCUCGAAAGAAUCGCUCAGCUGGUAUUGGAUUCUUGCGACUGGUGACAGCCGCGAGACGAACAACAAUUAUGUAUUGAUAUU